AUGUACUGGGCGUUGGCGAGUGAUUUCUGGGCCGUGGGCGUCAAUGCGUCUCGGAUCGCGGGGCGCAGCUUGCUUCGAUCGAGCAGUGAUUUCGCGUUUGCCAACGUAUCGAGCGAGCAGCUCCUUGUCGACAACCUCACCUUGUCGUACCCGCUCUCGAGUGGGUUUCACUCGCUCUCGUCGCACCUGGGGCCGUUUAACGCCGUCGACAUGGUCAUCGUACCGGUGCCAUCUCCGCUCUUGCGGUACUAUGCGUCGUUUCGUGACGCGCUUGCGAUGCUCUCGGCGGCCAACCUCGAGGCGCAGGCGCGCUACGUGGGCUUGCCCACCAAGUACUUUGUACUGCCGGUGCCAAUGGUGUGGCAGGCGCUACCAAGCGGAAUUUCGACAGGCGGCAACCUCUUGUGUGGUGACAACGCAGUCUCAGGUUUCCUCUCUUUUGGCAUGGGCAUUGGGUUUGGCGCGACGAGCUACUGCAACUCGGUGUACCUCGAGGCGAUGCAGCCGACAGCGCCGCAGCUGCUCUUUGCUUUGGCCGCGUUCAAUGCGACGUCGACACCGUCGAUGAACGCGAACGACUACGUCGAUAUUUGCCGCAGCGAUGCGAUUCUUGACAGUCGCUGCGUGAACGACUAUACUGCUGGUGGAGGUUUUCUCGAGACGUACGACUCGUCGCUGGCGUUUUCGGCCGAGGCGCAAGCGGCCUACGAUGCCGUCGCGGUGCACAACGUGACCGUCGUGCAGUACGGACGCCAAAGCGAUGGCUCGUCGUCGCUUUUGCAGCUAUCGCUCUUGAAUUCGGUCGACCGCAUCUGGAGCUUCUAUGGGUGGAUGCUGCUGUACGAGUGGACAAGUGGCAAGCGCGAGGUCGUCGCCUUCACAGGGGACGCCGGCGUCGUCACAACGAUGAGCCUUGGUGUGGUGCCCGUGACGAUGCCACCGGAUGCGAGUUCGAUUCCCCAAGCCAUGGCCAUUAUCGUCUUGAGCUACACGCUGCACAUGCGCGGGCACAUUGAGGGCCUCAACCUCUUUGAGUUCAACCGAACGGUUGGCAUCGUCUGGGUCGGUCGCAGCGUUCUGUUUGUACGCAGCCUCACGGCGCUCUGUCUUUUGCAUACGAGUACGCUGACGUUAUCGAGAAGAGGCCUUGGCACGCUGCUCGUGUCGCCGCCGCUGCAUUGGACCAAGAUCAUCCUCGCGGCCUCCGAAGCGACGUGGCUCGUCUACGUCCUCAACGACAUUUUGAGCUGCGUCACGCAGCAGUACACGCCGUCGUAUGCGUACAAGAGCUCGCUCCUCACGUGGGGUGGCACCUUUCUUUGGACGCUCUUCGAUGCACCGCCAAGUGCGACUGCCAACGUCGCGCGUGUCUGCGAGCUCAUCAACAUGGACGACGGCCUCGUCUGUGUGAGUGGCCGCGUUCAGAUUGGCCGCGUUGACCGUGUCUGUACGACAGUCGGCAUCGCGCUGGGCUGUAUUGUUGCGACCUAUGGCAUCGAGCGCCUACUGCAGCCCACACUCCGUCGCCGAGACAUCCCGUCGCUCCUACUCAACGCGCAGAGCGUGUACUGCCUUCUCUUUCGCAAAGUGAACGGCGCGUGCUACUUGGACAAGGCGUCUGCGGCCCUCGCGGGGCUCCUCACCUUCUCGCAAGGUGACGUGUGGUACAUUCUAGACGUGAAGACGUGGCGGCUCCUCGUGGUGCGGACGCGGGCGUGGACCGACCACGACGACGCUGCUAACCUCCGCCACUGCUUGCCGCUAAGUCAACUCUAACAGCCGACGAACUAAGAAACGGUAAUGCGAUGCUAACCUUUCG